UUCGCUCGUCGCAGGCAUAAUUUUAUCUUGGGCGAUGUAACCAUUAAAUCAUAUCAUCAUUUGCGUACUUUAAAAUUUUUUGUAUUUUGAAUUUUGUGAGGGAUACUUCUUUUAAGCUAAAAUUCAGCGACCGAUUACUUGUAAAACGUUGCGGUACUUUUGGAAGCAGCGAUAACUGAUUUGCAUCAUGCUGACGAUGAAAAAUCUUGGAUGAUAAUUUCUGCGACGUGUUCAUCUAUACGAGUACGCAUGUAAUAGUAUUCGAAGUGUUCUUCCUCCCUCACUCGUACUUUGGAGAAACCAGUUUCAGUCGCCUCCUGUAGUGAUUUUGCUCUUACAAUUGUUAGUCCUGGAUUGUACUGAAAGCGGUUGAUUCUCUGAUCCGAGGCCGUGAAGCGCUGCACGUUCCUGUUUGAGAAAAUGACUAAAAUUGAGAUCGAGAGUGAAGAAGAUGGGUCAGUGAGACCAGUUUUCGUUGCUGCUCCGCCGCCCGUUCCGACACCCAAGAUCUACAAAUACCUCAGCCUUUUUACGCUCGUGGUGCAAACUACAUCGAUUAUCCUGCUUCUGAGAGUCACACGCACUGCCGCCGGUGAAAAAUACAUUUCCUCCACGGCAGUGACGAUGACGGAGGUGUUAAAAGUGAUCAUUUGCCUGGUUGUGAUGUUAGUGCAAAGCGGAGGGGACGUUGUGGAUGUUGUGCGGACGUUGUACAACGAAAUUUGGAUGAAACCCAAAGAGACGGCUAAACUAAUCAUCCCCGCAGCGCUCUAUACGGUACAGAAUAAUCUCCUUUUCCUGGCGCUGUAUCACCUGGACGCUGCUACGUACCAAGUGACUUACCAACUGAAGAUUUUGACCACUGCUCUAUUUUCCGUGACUAUGUUAUCAAAAAGGAUUCAGAUCCAUCAGUGGGGAGCGCUUGUACUGCUGACUGCUGGAGUGGCAUUGGUUCAGUUGCCAUCAGGAGAGAGUAAACCUAACAAUAAAGCGCCGGAUGCCAGCGUCGUGGUUGGAUUGGUGGCCGUGAUUACAGCAUGUUUUUCCAGUGGAUUUUCCGGUGUUUAUUUUGAGAAGAUUCUGAAAGGCAGUCGUACCACACUGUGGAUAAGGAAUAUUCAACUUGGUGCUCCCAGUGUGAUUUUGGGAUUAUUGGGAGUUCUCUUUAACGAUUACGAAGCUGUACGAGAUAAGGGCUUCUUUCAGGGAUACAAUUACCUCACCGUGCUGGUUAUUUUUUGUCAUGGUGUUGGAGGUAUUAUCGUGGCAUUGACCAUCCGCUACGCCGAUAAUAUCUUAAAAUGCUUCGCCAGUGCUGUAUCCAUCAUACUAUCCUGCUUUGUUUCAUACGUAUUUUUGAAUGAUUUCGUUCCAACGAUUGCUUUUGUUUUUGGAGCUGUGAUGGUUAUAAUAGCAACGUUUCUGUAUGGAUACGAAAAACCGGACCCUGUGCCGAUCCAUAAAGCUUAAAACCGAUGGUCCAGUGUGCCAACAUUUGGAACAGUUACGCAGUUUUUUGACUGCGAUGUUUUACCAGUGAUCUCGUAUUUGCUGCUCGGUUUUACGUAUUCAGAAUUCAGAUACUUUAGUUUCAAAUUGAUAAAUGGGGAAAGUGA